CACAACACAACACCGAAACAGAGUGCCUUUCAAUUUGUGGCUGAGAAGUAAUCGCUGAGGCCAACAAAAUUCACAAACACACAUUUAUUGUGUCAGUUCUUAUGAAUUUUUAAGAAUAAAUAAACAAACUCUCACUCUUGGAUCAUGCAAAACAACACACCUUCAAAUUCAAAGCCUUCAACUUCAAUUAUGCGAACGCUCUGUGAUGCUUGUGAGAGCGCCGCCGCUAUCGUUUUCUGCGCCGCCGAUGAGGCUGCCCUAUGCCGUGCCUGUGAUAAGAAGGUUCACAUGUGUAAUAAGCUAGCAAGCCGGCAUGUAAGGGUUGGUCUAGCAAGUCCAAGUGAUGUGCCACGCUGCGACAUUUGUGAGAAUGCACCUGCUUUCUUCUAUUGUGAGACAGAUGGAAGUUCCCUUUGUUUGCAGUGCGAUAUGAUAGUUCAUGUUGGAGGUAAAAGGACACAUGAGAGAUAUCUUCUUUUUAGGCAGAGAGUUGAGUUUCCAGGAGAAAAACCUGGUAAGUCAGAAAACCCAGCUUCACAACCUCUGGAUCCAAGUGAGACUAAAAGAGGACAAAAUGCACUGCCCAAAAUAAAAAUGGGAGAGAAACAGCAAAAUCACAGGAUGCCCCUGAUUCUGACGCAAGAACCAAAUGCUGAUGAGCAUGCCAUGAUGGGAACCAAAAUGAUUGAUUUGAACAUGAAGCCUCAGAGAAUACAUGAGCCAACAUCAAAUAAUCAGGUUAGGAUGCCUGGAAAGUAAAUUUUGUCUGACUAGUUAGAAAGUAUGUUCGGUUAGAUAAAUGGAAUCAUUCCAGAUACUUGCAUAUAUUGCAAGCUCAUCUCCUCUUUCAAGUCUUACUACAAUAAUGAAUUUAUGAAAUUUUGGCUCAAAUAGCAGAAUUUCAUCUUACCGCACUUGAACCUGGAUCAUUGCCUCGUAAUUGUUGUUGCAUUCAUGUCUAGUAUUAUGUUGUUUUCAAUUAGUUAUCGUGUUAAACGAUUAACUAAACGGCAUUUAAAGCAUGGAUGUCAUGGUAUCAUUCAAUCUAGUGUACCUAGUUGUUUAGUGAAUAAGCAGUUUAGCAACCUUCAAGGACUAUUAGUAUGUUUUCCUAAUUGUGGGAUGGAAAAUCCUUCAGAUAUAUCUUGACUUAAAGAAAAGUUACACUGGUAAAAAGGAAUUUGACGUACUUUUAGGAAUUGCUUUUUCCUUCUGAAGCAGGGACUAGUAAAUCCUGGCAAAACAUUAGAAAUUGAUUUCUCUAUAUGGUAAGAACCUCUUGUAAUGCUGGGUCAAUGUUCUGCCAAUCAACACUGAAAUUUCUGCUCGUCUGUUGCUAAACCAUUGUUUGAUUAGAGAGUUGAAGUAAAUAAUAACAUAGAGAAGAAUUAAAAGACCCUUUUAUGACUCCCACUCUAUAUCCUUGGUCUUUUCAUCUGGAGUGCAGAUGAAAGUAAAGUAGAACCAUGUAACUUUUUGUAUGUUACAGUAUGCAUGACAUGUAGUGGCAUACAUAUUUCUCAGGAAUGUUUGUCUAUCUUGGCAGCCAUAAAUGCAGUUGCAACAGGAUCAUACACCAGAUAUCUUUAAAGAGGAAAGGCUUUAUAUAUUUCUCAUGCAUUCUAGAUACAAGGUUGCCAUACUACUGUGUUCACAAUCCCAUUCUCUCAAAUGUGUUGGAUCAUCAAGUCAUUUGAGGAGUAUGGUGGAGACCAAUUUCCUAUUUUAACACAUCAUAUGUUACUGCUAAGCAUUGUUAACUGUAAAUCUUUAGUCCCCAUGCAAUGGAUUGUGUGGUAACUUUUAAUGUUUGAAGGUCUUUUUAUGCCAUUGAAAAUGCCAACAUGUUGGAAUAACGCCAAUUAAUCUUUUUAUUUAUUCAUACAUCAUUGAAAUUAUUUCAUGACAAUUAACUAGAGGUUGGUAUCCUUUAUAUUUCUUAUAAAGCUCAUUUGUAAGAUUCAAUAUCAUGAUAACUGUUGUCUUUUAAAUCCUUGGUUACACAGCACAAUGUUUCUCUUAUAUUUCCAACAAACACAGGGUAGGGAAGGGUAGAUAAAGAGUAUAAUAACUAAAACUUUACACAGAACCACCUAUGGUGUUAGAAAUUGUCGCAUCUGAAUCUCCUUUUUUUUUUCUUUCUUAGUUCUUUGAUUGAUUGAUUGAGACAUUUGUUUCAAGGUUGGAAGUAGAAGUAGCCUUGAUUUUCCAGCUUUAUUUGUCUAUCUUUGAAAGACACUGUGAUGGCAUAUGUGGAAAAUAUUGAAUUAUUGAGCA